AUCCACAUGAAGAGUUUGCCCAGUAUUUCCUCACCGAAGAUCAGCGGCAGAAUCACAUUCUGAUUGGCUCGGUGCCACAUGACGGUAUCAAGUAUGUUCGCAUUCAUUUCCUCUUGGAUCUCAUCCACGUGGCCAAUGCCUACGAAGUCGACUGUGAUAGCGCAACAUGGACCUGCUUUAACGAGUCGGCGCUUGAUGCCUUUGGCCAGGUCGUCACUGCCUUGGCCAAGCGGUACAUUGGGCGCUACGGUCUUCAAGAGGAACCAGAAGGAGAGUGCAAAGAAGAGCUCCAAGCCAACAUCCAAUGCAACCUAGCUGCUUUUAUCAACUAUUGGGAUGUAAUUGAGCACGCCUUGCAUCAAGUUGAUGGCCAGCUGAUCUUUGGGGGUCCAGCUUCGGAUGGCGACAAGAGCUUCUUUGUUGCCAUCGUUGAGCACUGCCUCACAGGCACUCACUAUGUCACCGGCGCAGCUGGCUGUGGGAACAUUACUUACUUCAACUUUCAUCAAAAAGGUCUCCUUGUGCUUCAUCGCCUCAUCACCGAAGCCCCAUCGCUUGGCAACAGCAACAGCUUGGGCAUCAUCGAGCAGGAGAAGCCUUUAGCCACUUGGCUCUAUCAGCAGACACGGCAUACCGCGUACGCUGAUACGGCCUUUGGCAACGAUGAAGCUGAUCCGCUUGUAACCUGGAGUCGCAUUGAGCCUUGGCGGGCAGAUGCUCGCUACCCCGCAAUGAUUGUCAAGACCAUAAAGCAACACAUGGUCGAUCUCAUCUACAAUUCUUCGCUGCCCGGAUUUCGCUACGACCUUCUAUCCAAUGACAAUGGUUUUCUAAAUUAUCCAGACAACGGACCGCAUGCCUUUACGCAACGCACGCUCGUUUCACGCUUUGAUUACAAUGCCACCCAGUCCAUUGCCAGCUUUCGCAAGCUCAGUCUCAACGUGAUGGCGCUCCUGUCCCUACUCGGUGAUCGGGUUACCUUGGCCACCACCGGCACGGCGUCUCCGGACACGGAUAUCAUUGGCACUAUCGCCACCGUGCGUGGGGACGCUGCCUCACGAGAAGUGGCCGUGCUUCUGUAUGCCUCCAAUGACGCAGCCAAUGAUACCAUCGACUUCACGGUUCUGCUCAAUGCAAGCCAUUGGCCCAGCUUCUCAGACGGCGCUGUUGCUGUGGCUUUUGCGCUGGAUGAUGCACAUGGCAGUGCAUUCGCAGCGUGGCAAGCACAGGGCGCGCCGACAUUUCCCUCUGUAGCUGAGCGCGAGGCCAUGCGUCAGGCAGCAGAAAUUCCUCUUGUGGCAGGAUUUCCCCAACCCGUGAGUGAGCCAGAAUGGCGGUUCAAUAUACCAGCCCCGGGGCUUGUGCUGUUGCACGUGUGUGAGCAGCGGGCAGCCCCAGCUGCUCUAGCGGCCCCGCGACUUCACGUUACAACCACGCGAUCACCACCCGAGGUAUACAUUCUUUGGAAUGACGCCCCAGAUCGCUGUCUUCUGACGUACGAGGUGAUGUACAGCGCAACGUCCAGAAGUGACGCGAUUCGCGUCAACCCUGUGGCGACUCGCUUCACAGCAUACCUGCAUGUGCAGAACGGAACAUUGGCACAGGGGUGUUACAGCGUCACAGUCACUGACUAUUGGGGGCAAUCAUCACCGCCCAGCCCCGUCACGUGCUUGUGA